AUGGCUCCAAGACAUGACCGAAAGCCACUUUUGGCAAGUGCUCCAUCAAGCAAAGCAAAAAUCGGUUCAUCAUCCGCUACUGGUAACUCCCCAUUUGCAGAUGCUCGAGCACUAGAAGCAAUAUUCAAAAGCGUCGGGGGUGAAAAUUAUGUGAAGAACACUAGUAAAAAGCAACAUAGCCUUGUUGCUAAAAAUAAGCGUAAAGUUGCAUUCAACUUAAAGCAUGCCGCCGUGCUAGAACAAAAGGUAUCAUUCUCAUCACCUCUUAGCCAAAAAGAGGAAUGCAUGGCGCUAGAGCAUGAAGCUAUGAUGUGGAAGCUCAAACGUCUCGAGGUUCAAGCUCAUGCUAGAGAAAUGAGACUAGCACUCCAUAAGCAACACGAGGAAACCCGUAAAAAGAGACAAGAGUUAAAACGACUAAAAGAAGUUGAACAUGAAUUACGUGAAUUACUUGAAAAGUGCGAGUCACAUUCUCAAGAAUUAUCUGUAACAUCCGCUUCUUUAGUAUUUAGGUUUGAAAUCCUCGAUUUUACUACCACACCCAAAUAG